GGACAAGAAAUAGACAGGUACGUGUUGAGCAACAACAACCAGUACGAAGUGCACAUCAUCACGUACGGAGGCAUCAUCACGAACAUCUUCGCUCCAGACAAGGAGGGGCUUAGAGAGGACGUGGUGCUGGGUUUAGACACGUACGAAGUGAAGACGCAGUCGGCUUCAAAAACAAAGUCUGGUGACGUUCCACGUCCACAAAUACCCGCUCCCUCCGUGGAUCCGGCGAGUGUCACUCCGACAGAGAUCAAAACACCAAAUGUUAGCUUGCAGGCUGAGAGUUUAGACCCUGUUGUAUAGGGAAUGCAGGUGAAGGUCAAAUUACGUGCUUCGCUCCUAAACGUUCAGGUUUUGAUAACUAAGCGUUUAAAUAAACUGAAAAGUAGUGAAUUACAAGCAUUAUUCAAUAAAAGUGAUAUAGUUUUGCUGACAGAGACAUGGUCUGAAGAAUUCAUUGACUACAAGGUUGACGGCUUUGACUAUUUCGCGCUUCAUCGAGUAAAGAAUACUAAUAGCAAAAGGAGCUCAGGGGGGAUUAUGAUUUAUAUUAGAAAUAAUUUAGUAACUGAUGAUAUAAUCUAUAUGCAAGACUCAGAUGAUCUUUUGCGGAUAAGGAUUAACAAAAAUCAAUUAGGGAUAUCAGAUGAUUUGUUUAUUGGUUUAUGUUAUGUUAUAUUGUCCCAGAAUCCAGUGCGAGAUACAAUUUAUAUGAAACAAACCCAUUCGAUAGAAUACUGGAUUCGAUUGUGAAAAUUAAAAGCGUCUCAAAUAGAUCCCAAUUAAUCCUUUGUGGUGAUUUUAAUAGCCGCACAAUUGAUAUGCCAGAUUUUGUCACUAACGAUGUUGAUUCAGAUUAUUUACCUUUACCCGAUGAUUAUGAUAUUGAUAUAUUUUUACCUAGAUUUACACAAGAUAAGUGUGUUAAUAACAAUGGAAAUUUGCUUAUUGAUAUCUGCAUACAGUCGGGUUUACGAAUCUUAAAUGGCAGGGUAGGAAACGAUAACGGUAUGGGAAAUUGUACUUAUAUUGGAAGCAGAGGCUCUAGUCUCAUCGAUUAUGUUUGCAUAACAAUAGUAUUCACAGCACAAUACGCAAUGAAGAUUGUAACACGGUUCAAUACAAGUUUGUUUAUUCGUCUUGGUGUAAGAGGUAAAAUGCUAAAUGUUAUACAAAGUAUGUAUUAUUCAAUUAAAUCCAAUUAAAUCCAAAAUUAAAAUUCAUAACACAGUUGGAAAAGACUUUAACCGCCUUUUGGGUGUAAGACAAGGUGAGUGUCUAUCUCCAUUACUUUUUUCUCUAUUUUUAAACGAUUUCGAAGAAACAUUCAUCUUAAAUGGCUACGAAGGGGUCGACCUUUUGAUGUUUCAAAUAUUUAUUCUCUUAUACGCUGAUGACAUUGUAUUAUUUGCGGUUACACCUCAAGCCUUACAAAGUGGAUUUGAAAAUCUUAGCAGCUACUGUCAAAAAUGGCAAUUAAAGUUAAUGUUAACAAAACGAAGGUAAUUGUGUUCCGAAAAGCAGGACCACUUGCAAGGAACAUACACUUUUACAUAUACUAAUGAAAAUAUUGAAAUUGUUAGUAAUAUGUCUUAUCUUGGAGUCGUUUUCACGAGUGGUGGAUCUUUUAACCAGACGCAAAUAACCUUAGCAGGGCAAGCAAGAAAGGCCAUUUUUAAAAUGAAAAAAUACUUAUGUACCAUUACAAAUAUAACAGUAAGCCAUCAAUUAGAAUUGUUUGAUAAACUCGUUAAACCAAUUUUGAACUACGGUUGCGAAGUUUGGGGCUUUCAUAAAGCACAAAAUAUUGAAAGUCUUUACACUCAAUUUUGUGAAAAUAUCUUAGGUGUUAAAAGGGCAACCCAAAAUGAUUUCGUUUACUGUGAGUUAGGGCAUCAUUCGCUUAUUGUAAGUAGAUAUUUUAAAAUAGUUAAAUACUGGUUUAAAAUAAUAGGAAGCAAAGAAAAUAAGUAUAUUAAACUUAUAUAUAACAUAAUGAAACAUGACUUUGAAAUGACACCGUCUAAAAAAAAUUGUGUUAGUUCGUUGCAUCAACUGUUGUCAAGUUUAGGGUUUUUAGAAGUAUGGAUACACCAAGGGGUAGGACAAAAAGAAGAUUUCUUGUCAUUAAUCAAAAAAAGAAUUAUGGAUUGUUUUUAUCAAAAUAUAAAUUCACGAUUAACGGAAUCUAGUCGAGCCUUGUUUUACAGGCAUCUUAACAUAAACAAUGAUUUAAAAAUGUACCUCACAAGCAUCUCAAAUGAAAACCAUCGCAUUGCUCUUUCUAAACUCAAAGUAUCAUCUCAUCGUUUAAUAAUUGAAUCUGGUCGCUGGCAUAAACCCAUUGCUACUUCUUAUAACGAAAGAAAAUGUACACACUGUCAAAAAAUUGAUGACGAAUAUCAUUUUAUUUUAGAAUGUUCUUUAUUAAAUGACUUAAGAAAGAAAUAUAUCGAUAAAAAGUAUGGGUUACGAACUAACAUGCAAAAAUGUAUUGUAUAUAAAUUCACAAAAUGCACUAACAUUAAGAAAACUAGCUUCUUUUACAUUUCUUGGUUUGAAAGUUAAGAAUUAACACCAUAAUCCUUUAUAUAAGUAAUGCCAUUCAUUAAAUUAAAUCUCCUAUACAUGUAUAGCUUGAAAUAUUUCAUUACGAAUUGUUUAACUUAACAUUAAACUAAAGCUCCUAUACAUGUAUAGCGUGACAUAUUUCAUUACGAAUUGUUUAACUUAACAUUAAAUUAAAGCUUCUAUACAUGUUUAGCUUGACAUAUUUCAUUACGAAUUGUUAACAUAAGUUGCUUACCCUGUUUACCGGUUAUUAAAAUAUUCAUAUGAAAAGUAACUUACCUAUGUUUUGCUGGUGUUCAUAAUACUACUCUUUCUUACGUUUUCAUGUAUCCAACGUACACAGAAAAUUAUGAUGCGUUAAUAUACUCAUACUGAGUGAUCGGCAAUUAUAUCUUGAUCGCCUCUAUUAAAGGCUCCUCCGUUUUGUUUUGAUGAUUAUUGUGUUGUUCAUGUACUUUUUGUGUAUGUUUUGUUUACUUGUGAUCGGCAAUUAUUUCUUGAUCGCCUCUUUUUAAACUCAUUUAAGAAAGUAUUGGAUUAUUAUUAUUUUGAAAUGCAUUUUUCGAUUAUAAUUAUUUAUCAUUCAUAAUGGGCUUCUCUGCUUGUUUUCAUGAUUAUUGUGUUGUCAAUGUACGUUUUAUGUAUGUUUAGUUUACUUGUGAGUGUGGGCAUGUGUGUAUGGGAGUAGGUGUAUUCGUGUGCGCGUGUGUGAGUGUGGGUGUAUGUGUAUGGGCGUGCGUGUGUAUUUUUUUUGCAUUUUGCUUUGCCUACGUUGUUGUUAAUUUUAUUGUGAAUUUAUGUUGUCCUCAUGUGCCUACUAUGGCGUAUCGGAUAGAAAUUAACACCUAUAUAUAUAUGUUCGUUUUGAGACGCAUUUUUCAGACACAGAACUUAUGCAUCGCACUAUAUGGGAGAACGUCUCAUUAACGUCUUUGUAGUCCAACUGAGUCAAGCGCAGGUGCUCACUUACGGCGUUCUUGUAUUCAUUGAUUUCAUUGGAGUUUGACCAACGGUAUGUCACCAUUGGUUGUGCUUGAGAAGAACAUGUUUCAUCUUGGCGGAUAUCGAUAGAGAGGCUGAUACAAACUGGGAGAUGGCGAGAAACGUUCAGUGGUACAUCAGGUAUGACCCCGCAGCUGUUGACUGUAUGUGAUAAGCGCUCGUCUAAAAGUAUAUGGUCAAUGCGCGAGGGGUUGGCGUCAUUGUAGGGGUAAAACGUAAAUGGAGGACCUGUGCAUGACACUGUGUCCGUAGCAACAUAUAAAUGGAGAGAUUUAGCAAGUUCCGUAACGUACAUGUCACGGGAUCGGAGAUGAGUGGUGACGUCUGAUCUGGGAAAUCUGGCGUUGAAGUCGCCCAUAAUCAGGAUGCAAUUAGAUUUUGUGUGCACAGUAUAUAUGUCCCAUAGUUGGUCCA